AUGAGCUUAUCUUAUGAUCCAGAUUCGCUUGACAAGAAGACCUACUUUAUAGGUGGUAUGAAUGUAAACGUUUACAAUGUGGAUGCACUUAAUGAAUACGUGAAAUCGUUUGACCUCAAGGAAAGUAGAGGAACAAAGAUUCCAGUUCAUAUUCUAUACUUGGUCCAUGGUAGGACAAGAAGUGCAAGAGCUUCAGAAGCUUACGGAUAUAAUGUCUUCAAAAGAUAUAUGGAAGUGACAAACAACAAUGUACCGUUGGUAUUUGUAACAUUCGAUGUUAGUAAUCACGGGGCAAGAAUUGUAGAUAGACUGAAAAAUCUCACUUGGGAUGAAGGUAACGAAACGCAUGGAAUCGAUCAGUUAUCAAUUAUUGACCAAACGCUUGGUAAUUUGAGGACGAUCAUUGAAUAUCUUCCAGGUUAUUUGAAUUUAGAUAUCCAAUUUGCUGAAAAUGAUGAAUACAAACUCGAAUUUGUUAAUAUUUUAAGUGGUGUUUCAUUAGGGGGUCAUGUUGUAUUGAGAAUGGCCAGUAAAUUUCCACAAUACGUUGAUAUAUUGAACCCAGUGAUAUCUUGCAGUAACUUGUCGUCUAUGCUGCUCGACAGACUCUUGAAAAUACCCCCAACUAAGGAUACAAGGAGAUAUUUGAUGGAAUACAAAGAAUUGAAUUUGGACCUCCAACAGAGGAAAAUGUACCCCAAAUCUUUCCAUGAGCUCUUGAAAUACACUGACAUUGAAUUGCUCAAUAAUUUUCCUUACGAAAUACCCAUGUUUGCUGCUUAUGGGGUUGAAGAUAAAUUGGUACCUUACGUGUACUCAGAAGACUUUUUGAUCAAGUACGGACAGAAGAACCCACUAUUGGAGGUUUUUCAACAAGAAGACAAAGGUCACGAAGUCAGUAUCGAAAUGUGCCAUAAAUUCGCCGAAUGGUUAGCAGAGAUUCUUGCAGCUUACACUAAAAGUAUUUAG